UGAAUUUUGAGCUAUUAUUGUAUCAACUCCGUAAUUUAUUUUACAUUGUUUAGUAUAAAACUUCCUCUCUUUGUUUCUUAGAAUCCCCAUAUUCAUUAAUAAUUUUGCUUUUCCGAUUAAAAACCCUUAUUUUCCAUGGCUUCUGGUCUGAAGAUCGAUAGGGCUCAUCAGAUGUACAGAGAAGGGCAGCAUGAAGAAGCCCUUGGCCUUUACACGGAAGCCCUAGCCAUGGCCAAGACCAAGGCUCAAAGGAUCGCCCUUCAUAGCAAUCGUGCUGCAUGUUACCUCAAAUUACAGGAAUUCAAAAAGGCAGCAGAAGAAUGCAGUGCUGUGCUUGAGCUGGACCACAAGCAUACAGGAGCUCUGAUGUUACGUGCACAAACAUUGGUCACCCUCAAAGAUUACCAUUCUGCACUAUUUGAUGUUAACAGGCUCAUAGAAUUGAACCCAUCUUCUGAUGUAUACUGGAACCUGCAAACCAGGCUGAAGACUCAACUGUCCCUAGCUCCGAUACCUGAAUCUGAAGAGGAAGCCAUGGCAGCUGAACCUGAAGAGGAAGAGAUAGCCAUUGAACCUGAAGAAGUAGAAGCAGCAGUGAGGGUUUCAGAAGAUGAAGCUACAAAAGCCAAGUUCCAUGGUAAUGAUUCUCAAUCUUCUGCUAAAGGAAAUGACAAAGACUCUCCUGACUUGCAUCCCAGAGGAUGGGAGUCUAUCCCUAAACCAAAAGGGCAUUCAGGAUUGGAUUACUCUAGAUGGGACAGAGUAGAAGAUGAUUCGAGCGAUGAGGAAGAAGAGGAGGAUGAGCCCCAGCCUCAGUAUAGGUUCAGGGUGAGAACUGUAGGUGUCAGACCAGUGAAGUGAACCCCUUUUAUUUCAGUGGUUUGAGGAGAGAGAGGUCAAGGCACCAAGUUGGCCUUGUUGGAAAGAUUUCAGCACUGUUGUUAUUGCAAGACCCAGCAUCAUCAUUUCAUGGACUUAUAAUUUGCAAGGCAAAUAGAGAACUUGAUUGUCCAUGGGGUUAUAAGUUGGAGAGGCCAUAAUCAUCAUAUUCAUGGAGUCACAUUAUAUUGAUGGGAAAAUGUAGAAGUCAAUUAAUCAUGGGUGAUAGCUGCAUGACCCAUCAUCGUAUUCAUUAACCUCUUCAUUUUCCAAGAUGUAUGAAGGCUUCGAUACUUCGACAUGAUGGGGCCUCUGCAAAUCCUAUUUAGAUGUAUGCAUGCAGUCGUCUUUGAGAUCAUGAUAACACCCGAAACAGUAGUUCCAUAUAUAUGACAUGAUAACAUCUGAAACCAUCAACGAUGGAUCCAUAGAUAUGAUGGUGCCAUAGCUAAUGCAUUAUAUGGCACUAUUGGGUAAAUUCGUAGGGCGAGUGGAUAUGACAUUGGGCUUCUUGUCUGAUGAAGAUCAUAGGAUGGUGAUUUGAUGGCUUUUAGAGAAGAAUUUGAAGGUGAUUUAACAUCAGAAGAAUUUGUGGAUCAGGAGAUUACAUUACUGAAGUUGGAUCACUACAAGCAAUGGAUCGUCUUCCAUCCUAAGUCAAUUCUGGUUGUACAGUAAGAAGGAAAUUGUGCAGUUUAAGUAUAUCGACUUGUCGAGGAAUUGGCUCUAAGGAUCUGGGUCCUUAUAUUUAUUGGGAUCUUGAGGUUUAAUUGAUUCAUGGUUUACUAAGUUAUGGGAUUUAAUAGUCAAAUAAGUUAUUAGUUUUUACAGUAAGGUCUACAAUAAUUGAAACUGGUUAUUGAGGCUGAUUGGCAGCAAUAAAUCUCUAUUGGAUGCUU